CAAGUGGAUCGACUCAGUGUUGAACAGACACUGUACGGUGUCACGUGCGCUAUCUUUUCGACUAAUUAAUCGAACGAUCCGUUCGACGCGCGAAAAUUGCCGACGAAACGAAAACAAAAAAGGCGAACGGUGUACGAUCGUGAAUAUCGGAUUACCCUUUCUCGCGAGGUUUCGUGAGGCAGGGAAUUAAGCAGAACGCAAUGUCAGCGGCCAUAAGGGAGAGAACUACAACACGCAGCAGUAGAAAGAUCGUGAGUCAUGGCAGUCCUAUAUCUGGCCAGAGCCAGGUUGCAACCACGGCCAACAGCCUCGAAAACAAUUUAGACGCUCUUCUCGAAGACUUGCAGACAAGUGUGUCGAGAAGUGCCACCCCAAGCCGAGGAGGCAGAGCACUCUCACCCCAAGUGGAAUAUCGCGUGGCUGCAAAUCCAACUAAGGUGGUCUCCGAAGGCAGACCCAUUUCACCAAAUCGAACGACCAUGACCACCACAGAAAAAUAUGUGAGCAGUGGGCCGAGCGGUGGAGCGAGUGGUAUACCUGGCUUAGAAUUCAUCGACUCGGAAUUGCAGAAUGUGCAACCUGGCCAGAGCAAAACGAUUGCCUACAAACAGGUGUCGUAUCAAUACAAUAAGAGCCUCGAUGGAAAAACAGUUGAUUCCUGGACAGCCCCCGACAAUGCUUUAACCAACAGCAGCUCGGCCUUGAUCGACGAUAUUCGGGAAAGGACUUACGAAGAGACUUCAUUGCACCGUGAUGUGGAGCCCAUAGAUAAAUCUGUCAGCAGAGAGCUAGUAUACAACGAUGGAUACACAUCCCGAAUGAAACGAACUUCCCCCUUACCGCGCCACGGUACUCACAAGGAAGUGAAGUACGUCAAUGAGUCUUCGAGCUACCAAACGGAACCAGUGGAGUACGUCCCGGUUCCAUCGCCGUCACCAGCUAUACCUAUCAACCUGGCACCAGGUCCCAAUACGAAAGUCACAACCACAAUCAAGACGUACACGUACGAGCUGCCAGGAGCACCUGAAUCGUACCUUCCAGGUGGCAACGUGCCAGGACCCGUUGUGCUCCCGGGCGACCAGACCAUUACGUACACGUUACCGAAAGGCAGCAGCUCAGCAACCGACAAAAUGGUCACCUACCAAACCAUAACCGAGAACGUACCGCCUAGAACACCGGUUAGGUAUGGCAGUCCAACGCCAGUCGUGGACAUCACGAAAAGGUCCGCAACCUUGCACCAGGAGAAAUUCUUCCGCGAAGAACAUCUGGAAGGCUCGCCCGGUCAACCGACAACAGUCGUCUAUCGCCCCGGCUCUCCAGAAAAUAAAACAACGAUCACGCGAAACGAAAGAUACUACGCGGUCGAUGGUACCUACCCCAAUGGCUACAGGCCUGGCGAUCGACCGGAUUAUCCGGACAGUACCAUAAUCAGUGUAAAUCAGCCGCAAACGAUCAACGAGAGUCACACCACCAUCAAUCGGAUCGAGGAACACUAUCCUAGCAGGUCACCCUCCAGCGGACGAUACCCGACACCUGAUAAACCGGGAACACCGGUUAAUUAUUACACCUCACCGCCACAAACCACCCCGCCGCAGUCCAGUACGACGAUAUAUAAAUUCGCGAACACGACCACGACCAUCCCACCGCACAAGAAUGCCGAGGAUCAUGAGGUCUUGUUACCGAAACCGUUUCCAACCAACGGAGUUCAGGUUUGCCCCUCGAAACCUACCAACGCAGAACAGUGCCCGCCGAAAAAGUUGGAAGAACUUAUGGCGUCGUUCUCGGACACUGAGCGCGAAGUAUUGGAGGACAUCGAGAAACGAGAAAGGAGCCAACAGAAAGAAUCGCCUGCUACUAAAAAAGAAGUCGACUUCAUACCCCAUUCGCCACCUAAAAUAAAAAGCAAAAACGUCGCUGGUCCUCCAGUUUAUUACCCUCCUGGUUCAGCAGAAUUUACCAAGAAGGAAGAAUCGAGCAUGGCAAUGUCACAAUCUGGUGGUGGCUGGGCAAAAUCUAAGGGAAAAUACGAAUACGAAGCGUCAAGUAAGAGCAAAUCGCAAUCCAAAAGCGGCGCUGCUGUGGUCCCUGUGUGUCUUCCCCUUUGUUGUGCCAUGCCGUGUUCAGUUAUGUAGUUUAUUUAAUAUAUCGAUAUAUAUACGUUAGGUUUACAGAUUCGAAAUUGUACCUCAAAUUAUUAAUCUUCCAUUAUUCGCAUAACGUGAAAGUCAAAUUGCAAAUGCAAAGAAAAAAAGAGAGGAAUUUGUAAGCAAAAAUUAAAAUUGUUAUAAACACAAUAUUUUCGAUAUAAAUCAUAAAUUAUAUGUCUUAAGAAACAGUUUCUGAAAAUGUUUCUCUAAUUGAAAGUAAGUAAAAGAAUUGUGUGCGACAAUAUGCAGUCGUCUAAGUGUUAUCGUUUUAAUCAAUAAUGUAAAAUACUGAUCUAA